AUGUCAGAAACAGAUUUUUCAAGUUCCAAAUCACUAUUCCUAGGCUUUGACUUAUCGACUCAACAGCUCAAGAUAAUUGUUACAAAUGAGGAUUUGAAAGCAUUGAAAACUUAUAAUGUUGAAUUUGAUUCUCAAUUUAAAGAAAAGUAUAAAGUUUAUAAAGGUGUAAUCACACCAGGUGAUGAUGGAGAAAUUGUAAGUCCUGUUGCAAUGUGGUUAGAUGCAAUUGAUUUCUUAAUGGAUAAAAUGUUGAAAGAUAAAUUUCCAUUUGAUAAAGUGAUUGGAAUUUCAGGAUCUGGUCAACAACAUGGUUCAGUUUAUUGGUCCGAGGAAGCUGACAAAUUAUUAAAAAAUUUAGAUCCUAAAAAGGACUUGAGUGAACAAUUACAAAAAGCAUUUUCUUGGGAGAUGUCACCCAAUUGGCAAGAUCAUUCUACAAUUCCAGAAGCUAAUGCAUUUCAUAAAGCUGUUGGAGGUAAGGAAAAUUUAGCUAAAAUAACAGGUUCUAGAGCUCAUUUAAGAUUUACUGGUUUACAAAUUAGAAAAUUUGUGACAAGAUCUCAUCAAAAAGAGUAUGCUCAUACUUCAAGAAUUUCUUUAGUAAGUUCUUUUGUGACUAGUAUCUUGUUAGGAAAAAUAGAUGAUAUUGAACAAAGUGAUGGUUGUGGAAUGAAUUUAUAUGAUAUUGAAAAAUCACAAUAUGAUGAUGAGUUAUUAGCCGUUGCAGCGGGUGUGCAUACUACUUUGGAUCACCCUGAAUCAAAGCAAUACCAACAAGAUAAAAUUGAAGAGUUAAAGCAAAAAUUAGGUAAAAUAAAACCAAUUACAUAUGAAUCAUCAGGACCAAUUUCAAAUUACUUUACCGAAAAAUAUGGAUUCAGUUCAAAAUGUAAAAUAUAUUCAUUCACUGGUGAUAAUUUAGCUACUAUACUCUCCUUACCAUUACAACCAAAUGAUUGUUUAAUUUCAUUAGGUACUUCAACAACAGUUUUAUUAAUCACUCAAAAUUAUAAUCCAUCUUCACAAUAUCAUUUAUUUGAUCAUCCUACUAUGCCAAAACAUUACAUGGGUAUGAUUUGUUAUUCAAAUGGAUCAGUUGCUAGAGAGAAAAUAAGAGAUGAAGUUAAUAAAAAGUAUGAAGUUAAGGAUCAUACAAAUUGGUCUAAAUUUGAUGAAAUUUUAGAACAAAGUGAGGGUAAACCAUUUGAUGAUAAAUUGGGAAUAUAUUUUCCAAUUGGUGAAAUAGUACCUCAAGCUCCAGCUCAAACAAUAAGGGCGGUGUUACUGAAAGACUCUGAACAAUACAAGGUAAAAAAGUGCAAAUUAGACACAGAUGGUUUCACGGUGGAUGAUGAUGCUUUAGCAAUAGUAGAAAGUCAAACAUUGAGUUGUAGAUUGAGAUCAGGUCCAAUGUUGAGUAAAUCAUCUGUAAGUCAAAAAGAUUCAAAAGAUACAAAAGAAUACGAAGAAAUAUAUGAUAAAGUUAAUAAGAAAUUUGGUAAAUUAUAUACCGACGGUAAAGAACAAACUCGUGAUAGUCUUUUAGCAAGACCAAAUAAAUGUUAUUACGUAGGAGGUGCAUCAAAUAAUCAAAACAUAAUUAAUAAAAUGGGUAGUAUAUUGGGCCCAGUAGAAGGAAAUUAUAAAGUAGAAAUACCAAAUGCUUGUGCAUUAGGAGGAGCCUAUAAAGCAAGCUGGAGCCAUGAAUGUGAAACUCAAAAUAAACACAUUCCAUAUGAUGAAUAUAUCAAGAAAUUAUUCGAUGUGAAUCAAGAAUUAGAAAGUUUCAAAGUUGUUGAUCAAUGGAUUGAAUAUUUUGAUGGUGUUGGAAUGUUGGCCAAGAUGGAAGAAGAACUUUUGGUAAGCGAUGAUUAA